UCGAGUACAGUCCAGUCAAACAUACAGUGCCGAUAAAGUGCGAUAAUUGAGCGAUUUCAACGGAUUAUUGAAAAUCGAACUAGAUUUAUUUAUACCGAGCCGACAAAGACAUUCCAGCGUCAGCAUUAUUGACGUGAGCUGUUCUAUUUUGGAGCGUUUAUUACGGCGGAUGCACGGGCGGCCGUUGCGAGACUCGAGCCACUCUACUGAUAUUAUAUUCUGGAGCACGCCCGCCUUACUUCACGUUUCGAGUGUUCCUUCUAGCACCUAUGAGUUUAUCUAGUCUACGUCACACUGCUCGCUCGGUGCAGCCGCUUGCAUCGUUAAUAAACGACCAGUAGUGAUAAUAUAACACGCCCCGCGAGACCUACCUCUUAAUUACGAAAGAAUGAAAAUCGAAGAUACAAGGACCGAAGGUGUUCGAGGGUGGGAAUGUUCUCCCACCAGUGAGCAACCACCGAUUCAGGAGAAUACCAAAAGCUGUUUUCCAGUCGUGCUUAAAGGAUGGAGACGGACGUCUCUGUAUGCGAUUAUAAUAUUCCUAAUGAUACUAAUAUUUUUGAAUAUCGCCUUGUCUUUGUGGAUUAUAAGUACUUUAAGACUGACAAAGCAUGGCAUUGGCCCAAUAACUAUAGUUAAAGAUGGUAUUACUUUAGAUGGUAAAGUAUGGGUUGUCGAAGAUCUAAUAGCGUCAACAAUUUCGUCUCAAACAGCGCAGCCUAUAACAUUACAUUCGCAUCGGAAUUUCACAGUGCUGGUCUCUGAUGACCAUAAGGAGCAGUCGAAAUUGAUUUUAAAACGCGACUCCGUGGAAUGUACUGGAAAUGCUUUUGAAGUGCAAGAUGCUCGUGGUGACCGUAUAUUCUACGCGUCAAAGGACGAGGUGCGCGUAUUCGCAGACGCCUUAGCGGUCGACGGGGCGGGCGGCGUAGGCGUGCGUAGCGCCCUCCAGGCGCCCAUCGUACGUGCACCGCCAGGGUCAAAUUUACAGUUGGAAUCCUUAACACGAAAAUUAGAUCUACGAGCACCACACUCAAUUUAUUUAGAGAGUAGGGCGGGCAGUAUUGAUAUAACUUCACAUAAUAAUAUUAAACUGGAUUCAGUGGUCGGUGCAAUAAAACUAGAUGCCCCGAACAUAAUUAUUGAGAAUCUCAAGGAAGCAACCGCAACGAAAGAGCAGAAAACUUUAAGAAAUAAGAAAGUGUACCAGCUUUGCGCCUGCGCUUCUGGGAAAUUAUUUUUAGCAGCUCCAGACGCACCGUGCUCCAUGCACGAAAUGGAUACGGAGUUGUGUCGAUGAUGCAUAUUUACUUGGCACUUAAGAAUUUAUAAGAAAAGGACCAAAUUUAUACAGUACACUAUCACAUUAGCUAACUGUAAUUUGUCAGCCUUCAACUGUCAUGCGUCGAAUAAUAUAAGUUCAUUAAUCUGUGCAACUGCAAUAAUGUGAUAAUUGACAUAUCGUCUUAAAUAUCUUACUUAUUCAUUUAGAAAAACUUAACAUACAACGAAAUGUUACUUAAGUCUACUGUGAACGUUAUAAUAAUAUUUUAAAUGAAAAUUAGCUUUUAUAAGAACUAUUUGUGAUUAUAAUAAUGAACGACGCAUCACUUGGCAUGGUACACGAUUCAAAAAUCGCAAUUUCAAAUGACUUUUUUUUAUCUACAAUUGCUAGAUUUAUCUCAUCAUAGCUUGGCUAUGGCUUACAAUUCUUACGCGCCAAAGCCAAGUGAGCGCUAAUAAUUGUUUAAUGGACAGGAUUUUUAUAAACAUAACUGAUUAUAAAAAAUGAAUAAUAAAUGUAAAUAAGAAAAAGAAAUCAAAAAUAUUGUAAAUGAAUUUAAAAAUCGCGAAAGUUGAAUUUUGAAAAACUGCGAAGGAAAAAGGCCAAGAUGAUAAAAAACUAUCUACAAUAAAAGGCCAACUUUUUUACUCGCUUCUUAGCCUUGUCUUACACUUACUGUCUUUACAAGAGACCAGACAAGGAUAAAUAUAUUUACCAAAGUUCAUAAUAGUUCAAGUAAGCCAACCGCCACUUUACGUAUUUAUUCACUUACACGUCGCGUCGUCUAUAGACGUACAAUUGACAAGACAAAUGUGUUAUUUACUUCAUUGAAAUAUCAAUGCAUUGUCUCCGAGAUUGCGAUCAGUGGGUAAUCAAUCUUGCUGGAGCAAACGUCAGCGAGUCGACCGCGGGGUGGUGGCUUUACCCUAGUAAUUACACCGGGCUAAUUGAAGCCACAAUGUUUUUCAAAAUAUUUUUAAAACGGAAAAACAUUUUGCUAAAUUAAAUUCACUAUUACCAAGGAGUUUUUACCUUAGAUGUCCACACAAAAUAUAUAAGUUGUUUAAAUUAAAUUUCCAAAAGUCUGUGGAACAAAGUUUCUUCAUUAUAUUCAGAAGAAUCAUUGUUAUAAUGCAAGUAUUAUGUAAUAAAGAUAUAUGACUGUUAUAUGCAUAUAAUAUGUUUUUAGAUACAUUCUAAUAGUAUCUAAAACAAGUUGAAUGGCAAAAGUUGUAGGCAUCCAGGAAGAAGUUCCAACCUUAACGACCCAUUAUAGAUCUUAUUCUUAGGUAAAAUAGUUUGUAUGGGGAAAAUACACAACAUAUAACCAGGAUA